AUGAACCAAGUUCGUCAUGCCACCCUAGAACUGUUAGAUCUGCCCGUCGAAACCCUCGUAUACAUAUUCAACCAUCUGGAUGGCUACGAACUGGCGCGAGCACGUCGAGUAUGCCACAAUAUUCGACACAUGAUUGACUCUUCCUCGGAGUUGUUGUAUCCGAUUGACCUCAAGUAUUUCAACUCAAUUCCAGUCCCUUCACCUGGACCAGAUCACACCGUCGCAUCGCUUCGCGAAUCACUUCGACAAAGCGAAUUUGCAUGGCAGAAAGCCAAAUAUUUCAAAAGUAAUCCCGUCUCUAUACCGUAUACGUAUAUCACCGAUGACGUGUUCAUGUGGUCUGGCGGUAUUCUGGCACUCGAUCCGCAAGUGACAGACCCUGAUCAUAGCACAAGCUUACGUGAAUGGGACUACCACUUCGAUGGCGAAUUCCCACUCUGCGAUUUUUCACCCAUACAAGACCUUUUGAUUUGCCUUGUCAAAGCAUCCCCAGGGUCGCUUUCAGAGCCUGAUGAAGUCCAUCCUGAAGCUGGAUCCGCUGUGGUGAAAACCAUCGACGAAGAGGUCGACUUCGAAUCAUUGGACCCCUCCAGCACUGUGUCAUUCUCCAUCUUCGGGCAUUAUUGUGGCAUUUUGUCCAGAAAGGUUUUCAACGCACAUGGUGACCUAGUCGAAAGUUUGCAAAUUUGGAACUGGAAGUCGAAGGACGUUUCUCUGUGCCUCAAGCCGGCUCAUGAAAUUCUGCAUUUCAGUUUUCUAACAAACGAAACAAUUCUCGUCGUCAACAGCGAGGAACUACUGUUAUAUUCCCUCGUUGAUUUCCCCGAUGCUCUUCAUCUUACUGCCAAAUUCUCGCUCCCUGCCUUGCGGACAUCCUGUAGAUAUGAAGAAAUCCGUAUCAAGGACUCCAUCUCGUCCCAUUCCCGCAUGCAUGAUCAUAUCAUCAAUAUCAACAUGAAGAUUCUUGGGGACCAUAGCGUCUUUUCAAGUUGUGUCGCAUUGUAUGUCGAGCGCAACACCCUGUUGGAACUCCAGUCGACCUACACGCGCCAAUAUGGAAAAGCAAGCGACAGUUCCCCUAAUUUGCCUUGGUCUGAAUGGGGGUUAAAAUAUACCCGAUCCUUCAGAGGAGACUUGCUCGAUACUUGCAAAAAUGUCGUCUUUGGUUUACGGGCUGUAUCUUUUGUCGGCUCCCAGAUAAGGCCUCCUUUGCCGCGGGCACUGUGUAUCCGCGAUUUCAACCCUCAUCGAGUAGCGGACUUCAAGGCUGGGAAUGGCAUUAGAUGGAAUCAACGACUCAUCGAGGGCAACUUAUUGGAUUCAGGUGCGGAUAUGUUCCUCGAGCCACUUGGGUCUGGACUUCCGUAUAUCGAGACUAUCACUGAAGAGGAGUUCCUUGGAGUCGAUUUAAUAGCAGAAGGAAACAAGGUGAUGGUGCUAUCCUUCGAUUUCGUGGGCAGACUUGACAAGAGCAUCGAGAUACUUAAUUUCGAGUAGUUAUUUAUCUCAAGCUUCAUGUUAUUUGAGCCUUUCAAUUCAUUUUGCGUCUUA